AUGGGUCGCAAUCGAGUGGUCUCGUUCAUGUCCCAUUUUUCCUCUGGGCGCAAGACACCAACAUCAUCACCUUCAUCACCGCCCUCGGACGAAGCUCCCUUUUCCUCCAAAUUCAAGGUUAAGAAGCGGCACUCGCUUGCGCACAUCGACCUGCGCAACAGCCCUCCAGAUUCCACGCCUUCGCCGCAGUCUGACUAUGGCACGCCGGUAAACAUCGACGCCCCAAUCCGACGCAACCGAAGUAGCUCGCGGAAUAGUGCACGACCCUUGUCCAUCAUCCAGACGUAUCAGCCUCCCGUCAUGGAGGUCAACGAGGACACCAUCCCGGAGCUGCAGCCCAUUUUCUCGCUGCUCAACAGCCACUCCAACAAACUUUAUCACGAAGGCUACUUUUUGAAGCUGGAUGAUCAAAACACCCAGGGCAAACCAAACCCCGAUAGAACAUGGUCCGAAUGCUUUGCACAGCUUGUCGGGACCGUGCUCUCCUUGUGGGAUGCCGCAGAGCUGGAUGCAGCUGGUGAAGAUGGAAUGGUUCUUCCUAAAUUCAUCAAUCUCACGGAUGCUUCUAUUAAAGUGAUUGAGUCUUUGCCUACCCGUUCAAGCGACGAGCAGCCACUACAGAACAUUCUUAGCCUGUCCACCGCUGGCAGAAACCGUUACUUGCUGCAUUUUACUUCUCAUGAGUCGCUGAUAGAAUGGACAUCCGCCGUUCGGCUGGCCAUGUAUGAGCAUGCAGCUCUCCAGGAGGCAUACACCGGCGCCCUGAUUGCCGGCAGGGCUAAAUAUCUCAACAACAUCAGCGUUAUGAUGGAGAGGUCCAAGUUUAAGAUUGAGGCGUGGGUCAGGGUCCGAUUUGGAGCUGGUGUACCAUGGAGGCGCUGCUGGUGUGUCAUCACGCCGCCUGAUGAGAAGGAGUACGCCAAACUUCAAAAGGAGUUGAAGAAGAAGUCUCCUUACGACCGAUCUGCCGCUCGCGUGGUCAGAGGAGACAUCAAAUUCUAUGAUGUCAAGACCGAGGGCAAGAAGCAAAAGAGGACAAAACCCGUUGCUUCCAUCAGUGAAGCCUACUCUGCAUACGCCAUCUAUCCUCAGGCCAAGUCUCUGGUGGACGCUUCGACCCUCAUCAAGAUCGAAGGCAACAUUGCCAUCCACUCCACUCCGGCAUCAUCUUCGGAGGGCUUUGUCUUCAUCAUGCCCGAGACGCGCCCUGCCGUCAGCGGGUUUGAGACGAUGCUCCGCUUCUUGUUCCCGACAUGGGACACCUUUGGCCUCUACGGCCGUCCCGGCAGACUUGUUGCCAGUAUUUUGGAUGCUAGGUCCCUCAUGUUUGCUAUGCCCAGAAGUAAGAAAUACGGCUACCUGGACCUCGAAGACGUCAAUACGCUCUUACUGGACAGCAAGAGCUCAACCUGGAACGAGAGGGAGUGGCGAAAGCGGCUCAAGGAGGCCACCGGCACGCGGAUGAACUCGAUUGAGGACGGAAGCCGCUCUUAUUCACCGGCAUCCAACAGAGCCAGCAACAGAAUAAGCUUCCAACAAAAGCCCAGAGUUGGUUUCGCUGGUGAUCGCCAUUCUUCUGAAUCCAACAGCCCCAUCUCGAUGGGCUCAAACUCCUCGCCAAAUGACAUGUCUCCUCUUGAGAUGGCCGGGCGAGUAGGAAGCUCUAGCUCGGAUGAGGGCCGUGCUGUCACGCCAAAUGCGUAUGUCGAACCCAUCGAGACCAGCAUGGGAGCCAUUCGCACGCCCGAGCCUGUUGUCCGACCCCCGAUGGUUGCGCGCGAUUCUCACAACCGCCCAUCUGGCGCCCCUUACAACUCGGAAGAACUCCGCCGGGCCAACAAUCGCCUGUCUAACGGCACUCUGGCUCAAAUGGCCAAGGCUGGCGGCAUUGCUCUGCCUGGUGUUCCCGACAUCCCUGAUGACGACGAGGAUGAGGAGUUCUUUGACGCCCCGCCGCCGGUUCCCAUGCACGGUGGUGGUUUCUACGCCGGCGAGAACCGGUCCGCUCAGUCUCUGAACCCCCCGCCGAGCCAUCACAGCGAUCGCCCUCCUACUAACCACUCUCACCGCUCUAACAUCUCACACCACUCUCACCGAUCGCAACAGAGGCAGCCAUCCCCCUAUGGGCCAAGAACGCCCUACGAUGAGCCUCCUCACUCUCCAUACCACGCUCAGCCUCCGCCUCCGCCGGCCCACGGAUCAUCGUACUCCAAUGAUCAUUAUGCUUCAUACAGCCCCGGUGGCUCUCCCGGAUAUGGCCAACAUCCCCACCGGAAGCCCCUCCCUACGAGGCCAGAUGCCCCUUACAACAACAAGCACCAGAGCAUCACCCCCAACGACAUCAUUGAUCAUUACACUACCCAGUCCCGAGCUCAGUACGACGGCUUCUUGCCUCCUCAACCCCCGAUGCACUUGGAGUUUGGCGACGAACUGCAGCAGCCUUUCGUUGACCGGCCCCGCAAUGGAUUCGCGAUCCCAGACGUCAACUUUGGCCCAACAGUCAACUACGGCGCCCCUGCGGUGAUUCGCAAGCCCGCACCCCGUACCGCGGAGUCCCCUGUGCCAAAGGCACCCAAGACACCGACGGAGCCAAGGCCCGGCCACAGGAGACAGGAAUCUGUGCCAUGGCAGCCCGCCGCGCCCACGUCGCCCGCACCGUACGGACACGGGAGAACUCUCUCAGCCAACUCUCUAGGCGGUCACUCGGCGCGAAGCAUGUCGCCGCAGCCCGUGUACGGCACCAUUGUGCAGCCGACACAGCCUGGCGGAUACCAACAACCACUACAGAGCACGCAACAAUAUUAA